AGAGAAAGAGAGAGAGAGAGAGAGAGAGAGAGAGAGGUCCAGAGGAUGAGUUGUUCUUCAUCUUUAUCCCUCUGCUGCGUCUUCUUCCCUUUUCCCUCUUCUUCUUCCCCUUCCCUUAGAUUCAUUAACAUUUCCAAUCCCUUCUUCUUCCCAAGCCCUAAUGGACGCCGCCGCCGCCCUCCUGCUUCUCUCCAUACACCUCUGUGCAUCCAAGGGCAUAUAAAAGGAGAUAAAGAUGGAGAUAGUUAUGUGCAUCAGACGAAGAAUACAACGCAGAUGUUUGGAUUUGGGUUUAAUGAUGAGAAGACAGGCACUCAAAUUCCAACCCAGGCUCAGUCCAUAGUGGAAGGAUCAGGAUCAGUUAUGGUGACUGAGUUCAAACCAGUUCCUGAUGUUGAUUAUCUACAGGAGUUAUUGGCCAUUCAACAACAAGGUCCUAGAUCCAUUGGUUUCUUUGGAACUCGGAAUAUGGGUUUCUUGCAUCAAGAACUCAUCGAGAUUCUUAGCUAUGCAAUGGUUAUAACGAAGAAUCACAUCUAUACUUCAGGAGCAUCUGGAACCAAUGCAGCAGUUAUCAGAGGUGCAUUGAGGGCUGAGAAACCAGAACUGCUUACUGUCAUUUUGCCACAAAGUUUGAAGAAACAACCUCCUGAGAGCCAGGAAUUAUUGUCCAAAGUUAAGAAUGUGAUAGAGAAGCCCUACAACGAUCAUCUACCUUUAAUAGAAGCUAGCAGGUUAUGCAAUAUGGACAUCAUUUCGCAUGUACAGCAAGUCAUUUGCUUUGCAUUUCAUGAUAGUAGGUUGCUCAUGGAAACUUGUCAAGAGGCAAAAAAUCUCCGAAAAAUCGUUACCCUUUUUUAUCUCGACUAAGAAUAAGAAGAAGCUUCUCCAAAUUCUGUAAAUACAUUAUUUGACAGAGAUUAUUACAAUAUUUUACCCUAAUUUUGCUUGUAAAGUUGCUGCUCCUGCCUGCUCAAAGAGGGCCAAUUUCCCUUUCCAAAUCUUACUGUUCAAAUCAGGAAUUCUGCAGUGGGAAGUACAUUUACAGAUUAGAAGUCU